AUGUCCAUCUCGCCUACACAAAUCCAAGGUUCGACAUCGUCAUCUUCGCUUGAAUCUCCUUCUCUAAGCCCUAACAAUCCCAAUCAUGGCUCUCCUCCACAAUCUCGCUCCCCUCUCUCACUCCAAUCACAGUCUCAGCUUCGGCCUCAGCCUCAGCACCUCUCUGGCUCAUCGGCUCCAGUUACAGAAGAUUAUUCUGCCGGAUCUUCAACAGAGGUGAAUGAAUUAGGGACACCAAAUGGUAAAGGAAGUUGGGCCCACCAAAAUGCACACGCAAAUUCUCUGUCUCACUCAGGUGGUGAAGGGGUUGGAUCUGUUCAGUCCAAAGGGAAUAUGUCAGGAAACACUGCCACUCCUCAAAGUCAACAAAGUAUUGGGUCUAUUAACUCUCGAGGAGGAAGUACACAUUCUUCAGGAAGAAGAGCCCAGAUGUCUAAUGCUAAUCAUUUGCUCAAUUUUCAUUAUGACCCCAUUGCUCGACCACGGCCUCAACCAAGGGCUCCUCCUCCAAGACGGCCACAAAAGAAAAAGCCUUACAACAAGGAUUUGUUCCUUCAGGCUAAUUACAAGUUCAUUGUGUUAGAUACUGGGAACUAUGCUCCUGAAUCAAUGGAUCCAGAUAAAAUGCUUAAAUGGGAGGACAUAAUUUGUGUUAGGUUUGCCACCACAUUUCCUGUGCAGUGUCCAAUUUGCCUGGAAUAUCCUCUAUGCCCACAGAUAACUUCCUGUGGGCAUAUUUUUUGUUUUCCCUGUAUUCUUCGUUACUUGUUAAUGGGCGAGGAGGAUCAUAAAGGCGAUUGCUUCAAAAGAUGCCCCCUAUGUUUUGUGAUGAUAUCUCCAAAAGAUUUGUACACCAUCUAUAUUGAGGAUGUCAAGCAGUAUUGCAUUGGUGAAACGAUAGAGUUCAUGCUUCUAACUCGACAAAAAGAUUCAUUUGUUCCAUCAAAGAAAAUUGAACCAGAGGCAGAUAUUGCACUGUGUUGCAAAGAUAACAUGGAUCCCUUCUCGAAGUUCUCUUUCACUUCAGAUGUGGAAUUGUCAGUAAGAAAAGCAAUAUCAGAUUUGGAUGGUUGGUUAGUCAGAGCAGAUUCAGGUCUUGUGGAUGAUUUAGAGAAGCUUCCAUAUGUUUGCGCUGCAAUGGAGCAGUUAGAAAAGAGGAAGAAGUAUUGGAAUGAGCAGAAGGUGUGCCAUGAUGAUAGAUUGAAUGUUACCAGCAGUCAGAAAGGAUCUCAGGGGCUUUUGUCAACUUUAACUGCUACUAAAGGUGAGCACAAAGCCUGUAGUUCCAGAUCUGCAUCACCAUCUAUUGAUAUCAAUAACAAAAAUAAAGGGUAUGAUAAUGUGAUGGGGGGUGUGGUCGAGUCACUGGAAGACCAAGAUGGUUCUUUAUCAUCCUCAUAUGAAGAAAACAAGAAUUUCCAAAGACAAUCAAAUGGUUAUAGGGAUGUUAAGGAUAAGGAAUCAUACAAUUUCUACCAGGCAAUUGAUGGUCAGCACCUCAUUCUUCACCCAUUAAAUAUGAAGUGUCUUCUGCACCAUUAUGGAAGCUAUGAUUUGCUUCCACACAGAGUAAGUGGAACAAUCUUGCAGUUGGAGACAGUUACGCAGUCAGAGGCCAUGAGAAGGCGCUACCGUUAUUUAAGUCACUUUUCCUUAACAACAACAUUUCAGCUGUGUGAAAUUGAUUUGAAUACUGUACUGCCUCCUGAUGCCCUGCUUCCGUUUAUGGAUGAAAUCAAGAAACGUGAAAAGCUGCGGAAGCAAGUUGCCAACAAGGAACGGAAGGAGAAGAUCAAGGCUGAAGCUGCUGCUUCUGCUUCUAUGGCCACUUUCCCCAGUUUUGGGCAGUCCUCUUAUGGUGCUUCCCCUAAUUUCUCCAUGGAAGACUUUGAAGCCCUGGGAAUUUCUUCCUCACCAAUGUCAUCUAGCCCUCCAGUUGCAGGAGAGAGGAUUCUGUUCUCAAACGUUGCGAGGCUUGGUUUUGCUGCUGGACAUGAUUCUCCGUCCUUGAAAAUCGAGGAAACUGUUCCUCUGCAAAACAACAAACCAUCAAAUGAUUCUUCCAGUUUAAAUGAUUCAAGAAAUUCAGGCCCGUCAUCGUUUGCCAGUGUAACAUCCAGACCAAAAUCUGAAGAAAAUCUUGAUGCACCCAAGAUGAACGAGGUAAGUAAGAAAGGGAAGAAACCCAAUCGAGUCCUCUUAUCAACAACUGGUGGUCGGCGCUACUGA